UCAUUUUAUUAAUUCCCCUUCUCAGGCACGCAUUUUUUGGACCGCGAUCAAUCCCUGGUUCUACAGAAUUCGGUUACAAUUGAAAUUCAUUCGGGGUUUGCAUUACCAUUAGGGUUGUGCCGUGUUUCGAUUCCAGCUGAAUCGAUAAAGAUUUUGGGAAUUAGGGGUUUUUUUUUUAUUCCGUUGUUCUUCUGUGAGUGAUAUGAUAAUAAUUUGGAGAUCGGAGGAUGGUUUGAUCGCCGAUUAAUCGGCGAGUGAAAUCUCAUGUUCUGAAGGGAUUUUGUAUGGAAACUAGGAGUCGGAAACGUGCGGAGGCAUCCACCCCAGCAGUGCCUUCUUCUUCCUCCUCUGGCCCCACCACCCGUACCGCCAAGCGUGCUCGCCAUUCCGCCGCUGCCGCUUCCACCACCACAAUUACCACCGCUACUACUUCCGCCAUCACUUCUGCGAAUUCCACACGUUCCCGCGCCGCUGCUCGAUCCAAAGACUCGCUAGUGUUGUCCACUUCAAUGGACCCCGCUGCUGAUCCCUCGGCUGCCUCUGCAUCCUCUACCCGAACUCGCCGCGGCAAAAACCCUGCUACUCAAAAUUCGGAUAACAAUGACAAUACAAAUUCCCAUAAAGGCAAAGAAAAAGAACAUGGAAUCAGGGUUAGGGAUAGAGAUAGAGAAACAGAAAGGAGUUUAGGGUUUAACGUUGAUUCCCACAGCGGGGAGGAUGACGACAAUGAUGGUGAGGGUGGGGUCGGAAAUUUUCAUCAGAAUUUGACUUCUGCAAGCAGUGCCCUUCAGGGGCUGUUAAGGAAGCUAGGGGCUGGGUUGGAUGAUCUGCUACCGAGCUCUGCAGUGGGGUCUGCUUCAUCCUCCCACCAGAGCGGGCGGCUGAAAAAGAUGUUAUCCAGUUUGAGGGCUGAAGGUGAGGAAGGGAGGCAAGUUGAGGCAUUAACUCAGCUUUGUGAAAUGCUUUCCAUUGGAACGGAGGAGUCUUUGAGUACAUUCUCGGUGGAUUCUUUUGCACCAGUUCUCGUGGGGUUGCUUAAUCAUGAGAGUAAUCCCGAUAUCAUGCUUCUGGCUGCCAGGGCGCUGACUCAUUUGGUUGACGUGCUGCCUUCUUCAUGUGCUGCCGUGGUGCAUUAUGGUGCCGUCUCGUGUUUUGUUGCUCGGCUGCUUACUAUUGAGUACAUGGACUUGGCUGAACAGUCUCUGCAAGCUCUGAAAAAAAUCUCUCAGGAACACCCCACUGCUUGCUUGCGAGCAGGUGCACUUAUGGCUGUGCUUUCAUAUCUUGAUUUCUUCUCUACAGGAGUUCAGAGAGUGGCAUUAUCAACUGCUGCAAACAUGUGUAAGAAACUACCUUCAGAUGCAGCUGACUUUGCGAUGGAAGCUGUUCCAUUGUUGACUAACCUCCUUCAGUACCAUGAUGCAAAGGUUUUAGAACAUGCAUCUAUUUGCCUGACACGGAUUGCUGAGGCAUUUGCGUCGUCUCCAGAGAAGCUUGAUGAGCUCUGCAAUCAUGGACUCGUUACGCAAGCUGCCACCCUAAUUUCACCGAGCAAUUCUGGAGGUGGCCAGUCUGUCCUUAGCACUUCUACAUACACGGGCUUGAUCCGACUGCUUUCAACAUGUGCAAAUGGUUCUCCUCUAGGAGCAAAAUCCCUCCUCCUCCUUGGAAUCAGUGGCAUUCUUAAAGAUAUCCUAUCAGGGUCUCGCACUGUAUCAAGCAUGUCCGUUUCACCUGCAUUAAAUAGACCCCCGGAGCAGAUUUUUGAAAUUGUGAACCUGGCCAACGAGCUUCUUCCCCCACUGUCUCAAGGAAUCAUUUCUCUUCCAAUGGGCAGUAAUCUGUUUGUCAAACCUUCCUUUUCUGAGUCGGGUCCUGCAGGCAGUUCCAGCAAAGAGAAAGAGUCCAAUGGAAAUGUGCAGGUGGUCUCAGCUCGAGAGAAAUUAUUGAAUGAUCAGCCUGAACUUCUGCGGCAAUUUGGAAUGGAUCUCCUUCCUGUUCUAGUUUCGAUAUAUGGUUCCAGUGUUAAUGGCCCUGUUCGCUACAAGUGUCUUUCAGUUAUUGGAAAACUGAUGUACUUCAGCUCUGCAGAAAUGAUUCAGUCUUUGAUAAGCGUCACAAACCUAUCUAGUUUCUUAGCUGGAGUUUUGGCUUGGAAAGAUCCUCAAGUGCUGGUACCCACCCUUCAAAUAGCAGAAAUUUUAAUGGAAAAACUUCCUGCUAUUUUCUCCAAGAUGUUUGUCAGGGAAGGUUUUGUGAAUGCUGUGGAUUCUCUUAUACAAACUGGAUCUACAACAACUGCUCCACAGUUGUCUUCCAGUGAAAAGAAUAAUGAUUCUAUUCCUGGAGCGUCGUCGCGUUCUAGGCGAAAUCGGCGACGGGGUGGUAACUUAAAUUUAGAUGCAAAUACUGCUGAAAAACCUAAAAUCUCAGUUUCCAGUAUUGGUUCUUCUCCUAAUCAUGUUGCUGUCACUGUGUGUGCAAAAGCAUUCAAAGAUAAGUAUUUUCCCUCAGAUCCAGAGGCCAGUGAAAUUGGUGUCGCAGAGGAUCUACUACGAUUAAAGAAUCUUUGCACGAAGCUGAAUGCAGGUAUAGAUGAGCAAAAGACUAAAUCAAAGGGGAAAUCAAAAGCUUCUAGUGCUCGGAUGACUGAAAUUUCCUCUAGUAAAGAGGAACACUUGGUUGAGGUGAUAACUGAGAUGUUGGAGGAACUCAGCAGAGGGGAUGGUGUGUCGACUUUUGAGUUUAUUGGUAGUGGGGCUGUUGUCUCUUUGCUUAACUACUUUACUUGUGGAUAUUUCUGUAAGGAUAGAAUAUCCGAAGCUAAUCUGCCUAAGCUUCGAGAACAUGCCAUCCGAAGAUACAAGUCUUUUGUUGCUCUUGCCCUUCCUUCGAUUGUUGAAGAAGGGAGUGUUGCUCCCUUGAGCGUCUUAAUUCAAAAACUUCAAAAUGCCUUAUCCUCUUUAGAGCGUUUCCCCGUUGUUCUUAGCCACACUUCCCGAUCGUCUGGGAAUGCACGACUUUCUUCUGGUCUAAGUGCCCUGUCUCAGCCAUUGAAGCUGCGUCUUUGCAGAGCACCAGGAGAAAAAAUGCUUCGUGACUAUUCUUCGAAUGUUGUACUUAUUGAUCCAUUAGCAAGUUUGGCUGCUGUCGAAGACUUUCUCUGGCCACGAGUUCAACGUGGUGAAUCUGGUCAAAAGCCUUCAGCUUCCGCAGGCAAUUCUGAGCCUGGGACCACUGCUGCUGCAGCUGGUGCUUCUUUGCUGUCAACUUCCACCCCUGCUUCUGCUACUCGAAAUCAUUCAACGCGAUCCAGAUCAUCUGUUAACAUAGGCGGCACAGCAAAAAAAGAGUCAUCAAAAGAAAAAAUAACGAGCUCGUCAAAGGCAAAGGGGAAAUGUGUUCUAAAGACAGCUCAAGAUGACAGAAGAGGACCCCAGACAAGAAAUUCUGCUCAUAGAAGAGCGGCUCUGGAUGAAGAUUCCAAAGUGAAGCCUAUGGAUGGGGACUCUUGCUCGGAUGAUGAAUUGGAUAUAUCUCAUGUUGAAGUUGAUGACGGUCUGCUGAUUGAAGAUGAUGAUAUGUCCGAUGAAGAAGAAGAUGUAGUGAAAGAUGAUCCUCUUCCCGUUUGCAUGACAGACAAAGUGCAUGAUGUUAACUUAGGUGACUCUGCCGAAGAUAGUCCUGUUCCUGGUGCAAGUGACAGCCAGAAUAAUCCGAAUUGUAGUUCUAGCAGCAGAGGCACUUCAGGGAAAGGGUCUGAUAAUACUGAGUUUAGGAGUGGGAGUUCUUUUGGUGCAAGAGGUGCAAUGUCCUUUGCUGCUGCUGCUAUGUCUGGACUUGCAUCUGGUAACAGUAGAUGUGUAACUGGAAGCAGAGAUCAUCAGGGACGUCCACUGUCUGGAUCAAACGAUCCGCCAAGAUUAAUGUUUUCUGCAGGCGGAAAGCAGCUUAGUCGCCACUUGACUAUUUAUCAGGCAAUUCAACGGCAGCUUGUUCUGGAUGAGGAUGACAAUGAUAGACUUGCUGGCAGUGAUCUAGUCUCUAGCGAUGGAACCAGGCAUUGGACUAACAUUUACACCAUCAUGUAUGAAAGGGCGGAUUGCCAGGCUGACAGGCCCUCUGUUGGGUCCAUGACCUCAAACAUGCUGUCUAAGUCUACAAAAGCUUACACUUCUGGUAGUUUGAGCUCUGAUUCAUCACGGCAUCGUGUAUCACUCUUAGAUAGCAUUUUGCAAGGGGAACUUCCCUGUGAUCUAGAAAGAAGUAAUCCUACCUAUAAUAUAUUAGCAUUAUUGCGUGUAUUAGAGGGGUUGAAUCAGCUUGCACCACGUUUGCGAUUCCUGGCAUUGAUUGACAGUUUCUCUGAGGGAAAAAUUUCGAGUUUAGAUGAACUUGGUGCCACAAGUGUUAAAGUUCCUCCUGAGAAUUUAGUCAAUAGCAAGCUUACUCCAAAAUUGGCUCGGCAGAUUCAGGACACACUUGCUCUUUGCAGUGGGUCUCUUCCAUCAUGGUGCUACCAGCUGACUAAAGCAUGCCCAUUUUUGUUUCCCUUUGAAACUCGGCGCCAAUACUUUUUUUCAACUGCUUUUGGAUUGUCUCGUGCAUUGUACCGGCUUCAGCAACAGCAAGGUGCAGAUGGUCAUGGAUCAGUGAGUGAAAGAGAGUUGAGAUUUGGGAGAAUACAGCGCCAGAAAGUUCGUGUUUCCAGGAAUAGGAUUUUAGAUUCUGCUGCAAAAGUUAUGGAGAUGUAUUGUAGUCAAAAAGCUAUUCUUGAGGUUGAAUAUUUUGGUGAGGUGGGAACUGGAUUGGGGCCUACUCUAGAAUUUUAUACCCUUUUAAGUCAGGACCUGCAGAAAGCUGGACUAGAAAUGUGGAGGUCAAAUCUGUCUCCAUAUACCCCUUCAAUGGAAAUUGACGAAAGUGGUUUGGAUGGGAAAACUAAUAGAUUGACAGGGCUCAGUUCAUCUGGGGAUGAUAAAGAUAUGAUCCGAGCACCCCUUGGGUUGUUUCCACGACCCUGGCCGCCCAGUGCUGAUACUUUUGAUGGCAGCCAAUUUUCGAAAGUAAAGGAAUAUUUCCGGUUGCUUGGGCGUGUUAUGGCCAAAGCUCUCCAAGAUGGGAGACUUUUGGAUUUGCCGCUAUCGGUUGCAUUUUAUAAACUUUUACUUGGUCAAGAUCUGGAUUUGCAUGAUAUCAUUUCUUUCGAUGCGGAACUUGGCACUACUUUACAAGAAUUGCAAGCCCUUGUUUGCCGGAAACAGUAUUUGGAAUCAAUGGGCAUUUAUAAUUCAGACGAAUUACAUUUUCGUGGAAGUUCUGUUGAAGAUCUUUGUUUAGAUUUCACCCUUCCAGGUUAUCCCGAUUAUGUUCUGAAAUCAGGCAAUGAGAAUGUUGAUAUUGAUAGUUUGGGGGCCUAUAUAACCCUUAUAGUUGAUGCUACUGUGGGGACUGGCAUCAUGCGGCAAAUGGAAGCAUUUAGAUCUGGCUUUAAUCAGGUUUUUGAUAUCUCAACUCUGCAAAUAUUUUCACCACAUGAGUUGGACUAUCUACUCUGUGGGCGCAGAGAGCUGUGGAAGGCUGAGACACUUACUGAUCACAUAAAAUUUGAUCAUGGAUACACAGCCAGAAGCCCUGCUGUCAUUAAUCUACUUGAGAUUAUGGGGGAGUUCACCCCUGAGCAGCAACGGGCCUUCUGUCAGUUUGUUACUGGUGCUCCCCGACUUCCACCAGGUGGUCUGGCAGCGCUGAAUCCUAAGUUGACCAUCGUUAGAAAGCAUUCUUCAAACAUGGGCAAUACAGCAAACAAUGGUUCUGGUCCAUCAGAAUCUGCAGAUGAUGAUUUACCAAGUGUGAUGACAUGUGCGAAUUACUUGAAGCUUCCUCCCUACUCCUCCAAGGAAAUCAUGUACAAGAAACUUCUGUACGCAAUCAAUGAAGGGCAGGGAUCUUUUGAUUUGUCAUGAACUACUCACAAUACAAUUUUAUCAGAAUUUCGACUUAAAUCAUUGUUGGAAGCAGCAACUGUCUACUUAAUAAAGGAUAUCCCCUUACUGCCCAUCUUGACCUUGACAUUGUUAAGGCCCAUUGUGUUUCAACACAUUCCUGCAUAGGCUCGUGAGACGGGAUUUUUUGGUGCUUGUAAAUAAUUAGACCAUUUUGCUAUCUGGGAUUUUGGACAAGUUAAGCUGUAUAGCACGCUGUCACAUGUUUCCUUUUCUAUACAUUCUGUUGACAUUGUUGCUUGACUUUGACAAUUUUUGAUUGGAUUAAUAAAAAUUAAAGGAAGCAAUCUUCAGAAAUAA